AUGGACAAUAACGUGGCCGCCGCUGCCGCCCCUGCAGUCGACGAGCCUCACACCGAGAGCCAGCAUCCUGAAGCUACCGCCGAAGCCCACUACAACGAGGUGGUGGCCAAGCUCCGAGCCCUGGCCCCCGGCAUCGCAGCCAAGCUCGAGCAAGUCCGCAAGGCCAUGCAGGAGCUCGAGACUCUCCAGCAGCAACUCGGAGAGCUUCAGCGAGGUUUCACCGGUGGCCUGUACCGAACUGCUCAAGACGAGCAGAUGGAUGAGCUGGAAGUUCAAAUCCAGGAUAUGGCGAACCGCCUUGAGGCUGAGCAGAUGGAGUUCGAGGAUAUGGAGGUUGAACACACGGCGCUGCUUCGUUUGCUUCCUGAUGGGCCUCUUCCGGAGCUGGAGUAG